AUGGGGUCAAUUGAAGAAGGAAGAUCUGUACCAAACUCUUCAUAUGCCCUAUUGCCUCUGCAGAACUGGGAUGACUAUGGCAUAAACUGUGAUGACCCCCUACCAGAUUGUUUUCAAGAUGAAGGGGCUGUGAUCAUCCCAGAUGUUCCAACUCUGCUGUCAGAGAUUGAUUUCCAAGAUUUAAGAGUGGUUGUCAGAGAAAACCGGGCAAAAUGUUAAAAAUGUCAACGGAAGGGGGUCAACAGAAUAAGUUCAUACUAACAUCAUAGAUAGGUCUGGUGGAGUAAUGGACAAAUAUACCAAACAUAGGUUCUUCACUGCUCUUGUAGUAGAGAUACGAGCAUCACUUUUUUCGACCCCCUCGGACGCCGUUUUUAUAAGCAAAUUUUCACCAUUUUCUGAAACUCACAGAACCCUCCAAAUUUAACGAGCGAAGUUUAUUUUUUGUAUGCGAUACAACACAUCACAGAACUACUUUCUAAAACCAUAAGAUUUGUUAAGUAUCCACAGACAAGACUAAAAUUUUCUUAUUUUAUCUGACCUAAACUCAGUGUCUGCAAACACAAAAAAAAUCGGGCAUUUUUGAAUUGAUCUACAGCGCACAACUAAAACGACAGAACAACUCUAACAGCCAAAUUGCAGUCUACUAUCAUCCAUGUAACCAAAACACUAAUAAUCAUUUUGGGCCAUUGAAACAGGAAGAAAUUAGAAAACUCACAUUUGUUGUAGUUUCCAAGCUUUUUCUUGUAAACAGGCCGAUCCCUUCGUGUUUGUUUUUAGUCCUCUUCGUGAAUUUUCUUUCAUAUUUCGCUGUAAAGUAUGUUCUGCAGCUGGAGAACAUAUCAAAAAGCUCGAAAUACUGCCUAGGUUACAUUUUCAAAGGGCAAAAAGUGCUGAACGAUAGGAUGAAACUAGAAAAUAACAAAGCGACGCCAUCUUGAAAAUUCAGCACUCAGGAGGGACUGGCACUAGUAGCUGAGUUCGAUAUCUAACAUAAGGAAAAAAAUUGCAAAUUUUUCACGACUCAAUUGGCUCGUAAUUCCCAAAAGAGACUUGAGCACAUAAAAAACCAAACCUAAUACAGAAAUGUAACCAGAAAGCCUCGGAUUCAUGUAAGAAGUUCCUUUUUCGAACGUUUGGCUAUUAUGAACUAUUACCAGGAGUCUAUGGGCUCCUGUAAUUACCAGUAAGAUAAAAAACGAAAAACAAACAAACCAGCUUAUCAGCGACCUACUCCAGUCUUAUUUCGUCUUCAGUUACUUCUUUUAGUUGAAUUAAGCUUGUUUUUCUUUCAAAGGAAAAAACAAGAAGAACGCUUGAUCGCAGGUUAAUUGCUUCAUUCCCUUCUCAUUUCGAGGUGUCCCGUGAAUGUAGAUAAUAUUAAAGAUAUAUUUUGUCUCUUUAUGAAUCACUUAACUUCGCUCUCAUGGGAGCGAGCUAGACUUGCUAUAUAUCAACCUCGCGAGUUUCUAAGCGUGCGGGCUAACUACGGGCAGUAGAUAUUGCUUGCUGUAAAAUUUGCAAUAAUUUUUACCACCUAAAAUGAACAGUUGAAUCAGAGUGCGAAGCGGGCAUUUUAGGCCAAGACAGCAGACGAAGUAAUUUUUGAAAGCCCGGGGAAGGGGGGGGGGGGUGGGGGACUACGCAUAUGAAAGUGGUGGGGAUGCUCGUCGUCUCGCUUAGGGAUGUAAAUUUUGGAUUUUGGUCUCAUUUAGGGUUUUCUGGGCAAAACGCCAUCAUAUUUAGCCGUGAAGGUCUCGUUUAGGGUAGCACGCGAAAAAAAAAGAUAAAAAUAUAUAUUUGAUAUGUAUAUUUUUAAUUCGUUUUAUUUACUCCAUUCAUAUCAUCCAAGUUUUGUCAUUUGUCUGUGUUUCAACAUGGUCUCCUUUAGGGAUCAAAAAAAAAGCUUGGGCCAUGCCCAGAUCGGUCUCCUUAGGGGUUUAAUUCAAAAUUUCCGACGAGCAUCCCCACCCCUUUCAUAUGCGGAGUCCCCCCCGGUUUGAAAGUUAGCCUUCUAACUGAUGAUCUCAUCGCUAUCACUUCGCAUUUCCACAAGGUAAUAGACUGUUGACAAGAGCUGUCAAAAUAAACCAUUCAAAGGGCUUACCAGAUCUGGUUUACCGGAAGGAGCUUUUGUUAAAAAGUACUAUUACAGGGGUUCCUACGGCUCUCACUCCGUACCCCUUCCCUCAUUGUUUUUCCCUCACUUCUUUUUCAGUAUGCUCUUUGCACGGUCCACACAAGCUAAACGCCACGGGUCCGGACGAAUUUUGUACCUGUGCAACCCGUUUAGAGGAACGUGCAAAUUCUCCAUAGAUUGCAAUACUGUUUGCAGCUCAAAAAACUUUACGGUUCCGCGGGUCGGAUGUAAAGAAAAGGCGGAUCCAUGCAAGUUUUUGGCAGUUCAAAAAUUUUUAAAAGGGGUCUGAGUGUUAACUCGAGUUUUGACAUCUCCUACAUCUCUUCGUCACUGGAUUUGUCAAAAACACUCUCACUACGGCGUUUAACACAAGCAGAACCAUGUUCACAGUCCUCACAUUUAGAGUAAUUGUUAAGGUCUUGCCUUAACUUCAGAGGAGGCAAUGAUGACAGAAACGGAAUUUAUUCAUCUCCUACGGGGGUAAUUUCCAACGCCAUUUCGUUUGUUAAUCCUUUCCACGGCGCUGUUGCAAAAAAAAUACGCGCGCGAGUCACACAAGAUGGCACAAAAUGUGCUAAAAAUAGUACAUUUAAUGGCUAUGAUAUAUAUUUCGAUGAGGUCAGCCUAAUCCCUGGAAAAGGUAUCCAGUUACGGUCUACUACCCCGAUUUAUAUAUAUAUAUAUAUAUAUAUGGCUCCUGGUAGAGUAUAACAAAGUAAUUUUGUGCAAUCUUGCAGCGUAAUUAGCGUUGCUAGAUAACUCUGUCCGCCAUCAGAAGCCCGUAAACCUCAAUUAAAAAAAAAAGUUUGAGUAAAGACUACACAUCAAUAUUAAUAUUAAUAAUUGUAAAAAUUCUAGUAUGAGCCAUUAAAAUUGUUGAAUGACCUUAUUCACCUUAGACACUCGUGUCAGUCAAGUGUGAAUCGACGUCCGCCGUUUCGAAUUUUGUUCAAAAACCUCUGACCUAGUAGCCCGGCUGCAUCUUGCGCCCAUCAUCUGCCCCAAGGGGUGAGGAUCUGGCUUUUUUCAUAGGAAAUUCAUAAAUUGUCUACUAAAACACUGUGCAUUAUGGAAGCAAGGCCAAUUUAAGCACUAAAAACUGCUCAGAUAUCUCAGAAUUGGAAGAAAACUAGUAAGAGAAAUUGCUCAGAAAUUACGCAAAAGUUGCUUGAAACGAAAAAGUUGCUCGAAAUACUACAAGUUGCCAAAAAGUUGGCGAGCAACUUGUGGAAAGCUCUAGGGAGAAGGGGAAAGGGGUGGAGGGGUGGGAGGCUACUCAAUAAAGCUUUGUUCGGAGAGGCCUUGCCCCGAGGUGCAAUCCCUUACCCUUAAAUAUACUAUUUUCGACAAAAGUUACCCCUUUCGUGUAUCUUCCAUUAAAAAGUUGUACCCUUUAUAUCUGUUUCGUGAGAAUAAAUCAGUAAGAAAGGAGGUCUCCCGGUCAUUUUCGAGUAACCUUAACAUGUAAAUGAUAUUGCCAUAAGGCGUGUUUCUUGGAAGCAUUUUAAUAAUAGGUUCUUUAAAAUACUUAAUGAAAGAUUUUCCUCUCCUUUCACAUACUUCAACUUGUGAUUUCCUAGCUACCCCUUGAUACACCUGAUGCUUGAAAGAGGUACCCUUCGAGCGAAGCCUUCCGGACCAUGAAACUGUGCAUCAUGAAAUCAUGAACAGGAGAUGAGUGGACCUUCGGACACGCACGGUGAUUGAAGACUGACGCAAAAAUAGAUGAUGCAAAAAGAGUCCAAAGCAACGCUAAGACUUACAUGGGAUAACUCAAAAUGAAGUGAAUGAAGAGCAAAUGAAGACUGAAUAAAGUAAUGCCAAUUGGUCACCUGUUCACCACACCCCAUCACUCCGCCGAAAAAAAAUAUAAAAAAAAAAAAAAAAACGACAACAAUUUCACUAAAAGUUGUAAUUAAAGAAGAAAUAGGACUGUAAUAGGUCGCUGAUAAGCCGGUUUGUUUGUUUUUGUUUUUUAUCUGUUUGGUAAUUCAUCAGUUGUGGACAAGGCAGCUCUACUAGUGCCAGUCUCUUCUGAGUGCUGAAUUUUCAAGAUGGCGUCGCUUUGUUAUUUUCUAGUUUCAUCCUAUCGUUCAGCACUUUUUGCCCUUUGAAAAUGUAACCUAGGCAGUAUUUCGAGCUUUUUGAUAUGUCCUUCAGCUGCAGAACAUACUUUACAGCGAAAUAUGAAAGAAAAUUCACGAAGAGGACUUAAAACAAACACGAAGGGAUCGGCCUGUUUGCAAGAAAAAGCUUGGAAACUACAACAAAUGUGAGUUUUCUAAUUUCUUCCUGUUUCAAUGGCCCAAAAUGAUUAUUAGUGUUUUGGUUACAUGGAUGAUAGUAGACUGCAAUUUGGCUGUUAGAGUUGUUCUGUCGUUUUAGUUGUGUGCUGUAGAUCAAUUCAAAAAUGCCCGAUUGUUUGCUUGUUUGCAGACACUGAGUUUAGGUCAGAUAAAAUAAGAAAAUUUUAGUCUUGUCUGUGGAUACUUAACAAAUCUUAUGGUUUUAGAAAGUAGUUCUGUGACGUGUUGCAUCGCAUACAAGAAAUAAACUUCGCUCGUUAAAUUUGGAGGGUUCUGUGAGUUUCAGAAAAUGGUGAAAAUUUGCUUUUAAAAAUGGCGUCCGAGGGGGUCGAAAAAAGUGAUGCUCGUAUCUCUAAUACAAGAGCAGUGAAGAACCUAUGUUUCGUAUAUUUGUCCAUUACUCCACCAGACCUAUCUAUGAUGUUAGUAUGAACUUAUUCUGUUGACCCCCUUCCGUUGACAUUUUUAACAUUUUGCCCGGUUUUCUCUGACAACCACUCUUAAGCACAGUGGAAAGCACACUGCAGGAUGAUGAUAGCUAUGGGAUUAAUGUGUAUUUGAAUGCUCGCCAAUUUGUGAGAGAAAGAAUCUUCUCUCAAUGA